UGACUGAUACACGUAUUUCUAGUUCUUUCUUCAUCUAAGAUUUUGUGACUUCUCAAAGUCUGCAAGACAGAAGUGUUAAGGCCUUUUCAUUCCAGCCCAAAUCUGUCAUCUUGAACAUGGCAUUUCAAAAUACAACUGCUAGAGAAUUUUACUCUUCUUUCUGAGAAUCAAUGAUCCAGGGAAGAGAUGACAUGUACAGAACGAUAUUGAAUCCUGUAAUUCGUGGAGUAUACAAAAGCAUGAAUGAACAAUAGGGUUAGCAAUACCAGGAGUAUUUGAAAGAGGAACUUGUUUAUCAAAGUGAAUGUUGAUUGCUGUACUGCACAUGGUGGAGUGUUUUUGAGUAAAGACUCUUGGUACUUCUUUACGUAUCAGAGGCCUUACUUCCUCCAAAAAGUUUGACAGAGAAAAAUGAGGUAUAGAAAACACUUAUAUAUGGGCUAACUUUUGCUUUCACACUUUUAAUUCUCACAGUAGCCCUGUGAGAGGAGUAGAGGUACUGUGAAGCAGAGAUUUAGGGACCAGCCCCAGGUUACAAGGCCAGCAAGAGUGAAACUCAUGCUAAAGCUAGGCUUCCUUUUGCCAUUUAGUGGGUUUGCAGUAGCAUCAUCUACAUUAUCUCAGAGUCAGACUUUUGAUAGCUUAUAGCAUUGAGAAGUAUAAACACAUAGAACUCAAGUUCACCAUAUUUAUUUGGUUCCUUUUGUUAUUUGUAGGUAGCUGUGUUUUCCAGCUUCAUUUAAGAGAUAUUGUGAUGGGGUGUUGCCUGUUAGCCAAGACAAGGUGCUGGAGAAAUAAUAGAAGUUGAAAGUAGAUGUUAGUGUAAGGAGGUUCUGAAUAAAGAAUCUGCACCGACACUACCAGUUACCUUUUAUGAGAACUCUUGCAAAGGAAACUUAGGGCAGGUGGCUUACACAGAAAUUGGGAAGUCGGAGCACCAUAACAUGGUGUGGGAAGUGAAGACAAAUCAGAUGCCUAAUGCAGUACAGAAACUCCUGCUGGUAAUGGACAAGAGAGCUUCAGGAAUGAAUGACUCAUUGGAGUUGCUACAGUGUAAUGAAAAUUUGCCAUCCUCACCUGGAUACAACUCCUGUGAUGAGCACAUGGAGCUUGAUGACCUUCCCGAACUUCAGGCUGUUCAAAGUGAUCCUACCCAAUCUGCCAUAUACCAGCUAAGUUCAGAUGUUUCACAUCAAGAAUAUUCAAGACCAUCUUGGAACCAAAAUACCUCAGACAUAUCAGAAAAUACUUACCGUGAAAAUGAGGUGGACUGGCUAACAGAAUUAGCAAAUAUCGCCACCAGUCCACAGAGUCCACUUAUGCAGUGCUCAUUUUAUAACAGAUCAUCUCCUGUACACAUCAUAGCUACUAGCAAAAGUUUACAUUCCUAUGCACGCCCUCCACCAGUCUCGUCCUCUUCUAAGAGUGAGCCCGCCUUCCCUCAUCACUGGAAGGAGGAAGCACCAGUCAGACAUGAAAGGGCAAAUAGUGAGUCAGAAUCUGGCAUUUUCUGCAUGUCCUCCCUCUCAGAUGAUGAUGAUUUGGGGUGGUGCAAUUCCUGGCCUUCAACUGCUUGGCACUGUUUUUUGAAAGGCACGCGACUAUGCUUUCAUAAGGGAAGCAAUAAGGAAUGGCAGGAUGUUGAAGAUUUUGCUAGAUCUGAAGGCUGCGAUCAUGAGGAAGAUCUCCAGAUGGGCACUCAUAAGGGAUAUGGUUCUGAUGGUCUAAAGUUGUUAUCACAUGAAGAAAGUGUAUCAUUUGGCGAGUCUGUACUGAAGUUGACUUUUGAUCCUGGUACAGUAGAAGAUGGGUUACUUACUGUAGAGUGUAAGCUGGACCACCCUUUUUAUGUUAAAAAUAAAGGUUGGUCAUCAUUUUAUCCAAGCUUGACUGUGGUACAGCAUGGCAUUCCGUGUUGUGAAAUUCAUAUUGGUGAUGUAUGUCUACCUCCUGGACACCCCGAUGCCAUUAACUUUGAUGAUUCAGGUGUUUUUGAUACAUUUAAAAGCUACGACUUCACGCCUAUGGACUCUUCUGCAGUCUAUGUGCUCAGCAGUAUGGCUCGGCAGCGUCGUGCAUCUUUGUCUUGCGGAGGACCAGGAGGCCAAGACUUUGCAAGAUCUGGAUUCAGUAAAAACUGUGGCUCCCCUGGGUCAUCACAGCUCUCUUCCAAUUCUUUGUAUGCUAAAGCUGUCAAAAACCACAGCUCAGGGACUGUGAGUGCCACUUCUCCUAACAAGUGCAAAAGACCAAUGAAUGCCUUCAUGCUUUUUGCCAAAAAAUACAGAGUUGAAUAUACUCAGAUGUAUCCAGGGAAAGAUAACAGGUAAAAAAUAAUGAUCAUUGCAAUUAUGAUAAAUGAAAUAAUAUUACAG